AUGGAAAUUCCAAAAAGUAGGAAACAAAACAAUGGACCAUGUGUUAUUUGUGGAGUAAGAGAUUCUGAGAUAAAAUAUCGAAAAUUUACAGAAGAUGCUAAAGAAAAAGCUUUAAGGAACAAUAAUUUAGAUCUAACCUGGGAGAUGUAG